AUGACCCUCUUCAAACAGCCAUGUCUUUACUCAAAGCUGGACAAGGAAGACCCAGAAGAGGUGCUUCACCGACGCGCCAACUUCUUGAUUUACAAAACGCUUCAAGAAGUUGACUUGGUUUCUCGCCGUUCUUCUCAUCCGUCGUCCUUUCUAAAGAUGAAGCUAUUGAAGUUGAAGGUCAAGAUCGGGAAGAGUUUGGCUAAGCUGCGUCGGAACAUAGAAUCUACCAUUAGAUUUGGCGGGAUUCAAAAACAUUCUCAAAGCAGCGUGAGAGCUUUGAAGAAGAUGUUUCACGGUGGUGCAACAAAUGGGCUACCUAGGCCAAUUUUCGCUCUUGAAGUUUGA